UGGUCAGACCGAUUGUCCAAAAGCUCGGGACCCGCCCCGUUUCUGACUACAGUGGGAACAACGUUUUCCAUCCAGAGCAAAGGAGAAAAAAAGCUGAAAGAGAAUAACCACAGGACAGAGGUCUGGCAGGAAAAAAGGGGAACCCUCAUUUACUUCUCCGGGAGAAAUCACAUAGUGAGAGGAGGAGAUAGGAGCGGUGUUCAGCGGAGCUUCCUUUACGCAGGCUCGACUAUUACGAUGCUCUGCUACCUGGUCUACUCCACAAGAUCCUAAAUCAGUUGAUUCAAAACUGUGCUUACCAGAACUAGAAGGCAGAUCACUGAUUGUCAAAGAUGAUGCUCUCCUGACCCCCGACUCCCUUCAUUCUCUAUACCAUCCUCGUCCACACCACCACCUCCAUCAUGAACCACACCCCCAGCCCCCACCUGUCCGAAGGAGGUAAGUCUGCCGGAGGUGGCCUGCUCUGCAGCCUUGGUCUGGGGCCCGAUAGGGGGAUUCGCUCCCCCGACAGCCUCACACACACCCCCAGCCCCACUGGAGGCACACCGAGCUCAAGCCCCCCGCUGUUGCUGUCGCCUGGGCUGGGAGGCCUUGGGCUGGGAUCCCUGGGAGCCAUGGGUGAGGGAGCUGGGGCCGACUGGGAGAGCAGAGAGGAGCUGCGGUUGAGGGAGCUGGAGGAGGCACGUGCCAGAGCGGCCCAGAUGGAGAAGACUAUGAGGUGGUGGUCGGACUGCACCGCCAACUGGAGGGAGAAAUGGAGCAAGGUUCGUGCGGAGCGUAACCGCGCUCGUGACGAGGUUCGUCAGCUCAGGCAGCGGUUGGAUACUCUCACCAAGGAGUUGACCAGUGUGAGGCGGGAGCGGCAGGAACUGGCCUCAGAAAAUGAGACACUACGGCAGGAGACACUCCGUGGCAACCACGCAGCUCCUACUUUGUCUGUCACUUCUCCAUCUUCAUCCCCUGCACACCCUCAUGGCGCUUCCUCCUCCUCCUCUCCAUCUAUCCCUCCCUCCUCCCCUGGAUCAUCGUCCUCCUCCUCUCAGGUCCACACUGACAACAAGCUGGACAGGGAGGGGGAAGGGCCACCAGGGUCUCCGGAACCAGAACCAGUGAGGGACGUGGACAUGGAGAGACAAAAGAUGGGUCAACAAAAGGGGAGAGCCGGGCUGUGCGGGGAUCAGAACCUGACUGCCAACUGGAGUUGGAGGCGAAAUGUCCUUUAUGACAUGAAGAAUCACAUUACAGAGAGGAGAGGGGUAAAAGAAGAGAGAGAACCAGAGUCUCUGGACAUGGAGGUGCUGGACUCUGUGCUUCGAUCCAGAGGCUCAGAAGGUGACCCAGAGGACUGGGAAGGUCACAGUGGUGGUAACCUUGCUAGCUCACGCUCAUCCUCUGGCCUGAGCCGGCAGGAACGCAGCAGGCAGCUGUGGGAGGAUAUUAGCAUGGUGGAGGAAGACUCCAGCAAACUCAAUGCCCUGCAGCUUCGUCUGGAUGAGUCCCAGAAAGUCCUCCUGAAAGAGAGAGAAGACAAAUUUGCACUGAGUAAGAGCAUUGAAAGGCUGGAGACUGAACUCAGCCAGUGGAAACUGAAAUAUGAGGAGCUAAGCAAGACCAAACAGGAGGCCCUCAAACAGCUGAAUCUGCUGAAAGAAAUGCACCAGGACGAACUCGGCCGCAUAUCUGAAGAUCUGGAGGAUGAACUGGGAGCCCGAACCAGUAUGGACAAGAAACUAGCUGAACUACGAGCUGAGAUGGAGAGGCUGCAGGUGGAGAAUGCUGCAGAGUGGGGGCGCAGGGAGCGCUUGGAAACAGAGAAGCUCGCCCUGGAGAGGGACAAUAAAAAGCUGAGGGCUCAAGCUGAAGACCUGGAGGAGCAAUUGGCCAAGAAACGCCGACAGGCCGCCUCUGCACUUGACACCGACUUCAAGGCCAUUCAGAGCGAGCUGUUUGAGAGAAACAAGGAGUUGGCUGACCUUCGCCAUAUUCACUCUAAACUGAAGAAGCAGUUUCAGGAGAAGACAGCAGAGCUCUCCCAUGCAAACCGGAGGGUGGAGAGCCAUGAGGCUGAAGUCAAGAAGCUACGACUGAGGGUGGAGGAGCUGAAAAAGGAGUUGGGACAAGCUGAGGAUGAGUUGGAUGAGUCUCAUAACCAGACCAGGAAGCUGCAGAGGUCUCUGGAUGAGCAGGUGGAACAGACUGAGAACCUGCAGGUACAAUUGGAACACUUACAGUCAAGACUUCGGCGGCAGCAGCAGAACCCUGGUUUGUUUGGGAAGAUGCGAACAGCUCGGUUUAGUGCUGAAAACCAAGAUGGUCCGGCCAGUGACAUGGAUGAGGAAGAUGAUGAACUGCAGCUCCAGAUCCCAUGACACACACACAAAAUCAUGCACACAUGCACAAAUUAUCCCAGGAUAUACUUUUAAACAAACAUCAGCAAUCACACAAAAAAGGUGAAUAUGUUUGCUCUUUGGGAAAACAAGUCUCUUUAAGGUCUAUGCAUCCACAUGCAAAUUUUAUGCAAUUUCCUCAAAAUAUUACUGCCCAUGUUAGUGGUCAGUACACGAAAAAAUCAUUAUAAACCUACUAAUGUCUCUUUUUCAGGAGCCUUACAGAAACCACAUAGUUGUUCAGUUGGAGAUAAGCACAAUCCCAGUUUAAACAGAACACACACAUUUUCACACACACUAUGAUUCAUACAUGUCUGGAAAAACAUAGAGACAGAGCAACAAUAUCAAACCCAGCAGUUGACAGCCAUUAACAGGAUAAAAAGACUUAAUAAGCAGAGGCUGGCCCAUAUCAUUCUUUCAGUGUACUCAGUCGUUCUUACCUCAUAUCAUGUACAGUGCAUACGGAAAGUAUUCACAGCGCUUACUUUUUCCACAUUUCAUUAUGUUACAGCCUUAUUCCAAAAUGGAUUCAAUUAUUUUUUUUCCUCAAAAUUCUACACAAAAUACCCCAUAAUGACAACAUGAAAAAAGGUUUUUCAAAAUGUUUAAAAUAUCAGAAAUAAAGAACAAAAAUAUAAUAUGUACAUAAGUAUUCACAGCCUUUGCUUAAUACUUUGUUGUGGGACCUUUGGCAGCAAUUACAGCCUCAAGUCAUUGUCGCUGUGUGCUUAUGGUUGUUGUCUUGCUGAAAGAUGAACCAUCGCCCCAGUCUGAGGUCAUGAGCACUCUGGACCAGGUUUUCAUCCAGGAUGUCUCUGUACAUUGCUAAAUUCAUCUUUCCCUCUAUCCUGACUAGUCUCCCAGUUCCUGCUGCUGAAAAACAUCCCCACAGCAUGGUGCUGCCAUAACUCUAUGGCAAUGUUUCUGUUAUUUCUUCCUCAAAGACAAAGUCAUAUGCUUUAGUUGAAAAUGUGUUUCAUGCAUGUACAAGUACCUAAUCUGGCAAUGAAAUCAGACUAGCACAGAAUAUGGCACAGUGGCCCAACAGCCCCAGUGGUGAUGAAUUUUGAUUAGUUCUCUUAACCAGCAGCAAACUGACCUGUAAGGGCUUUACCUAUUGAAGGAACAGUAGAGUCUAAAAUGGCAGAAGCAAUGGUAACUGCUUAGCUGUGUCACCAUCCAUUUUUAUUUAACCUUCCUCUGUCAGAGUAUAAUCUAUGUUAUUUUAGUGUUCUAUUAGCAGCCGAGCUGACAUUCAGAAGCCUUGCUUUCCCUCUUCAAUAAGUCUCAGGGGGACUGAGAGCACAGCACAGUUGUUCCCAGUGUCUUAGUGGUUAGCUUACCAGAUAAAGUUUUUCAACAUGUAGCCCCAUUCAUAGCCCCCCUGCCCAGCCAAUCCUCUAUCACUGCCAAUGUUGGAAAGAUUAAUUUUGUUGUCUGCAUGGUGUGACCAGUCCUUAAUUUAGACUGAACUCUGAAAAUUAAUUAUCAAAAGUCUGAUUUUUUUUAAUUUUUGGUCCGUUUGGUCCUUAUUGUUUGACAGGUAUCUGAUAUAGUUGAAACUAAAGCAACAGUACAGUAUACACCAGUUGAACUAAACCUGUCCACACAGCAAAGGCUAAAUGUCCAGCUUCUGUUGUUUUUCUGUUCUGAGUUUGGAGGUGCUGAUAUGAUUUUUAUGCAUUGUUUAUGUUGAUGAUGUUCAGUAUUUUAAAAUACUGUAAUUUUCCCGGAGUAAAGAAAAAACCCUAGACGAGUCAUUCAGGACUGUGUUCAGUCACGGUGGGAAUGCCUCUAAAGCAGCAUUCAAAUAAUCAUGGUUUAAGGAAAGACUGAAUGAAACCCAGGCCAUUAGAGAUCAUGUAGGCUUUAUACUCACAGGUUCGUGAAAGAUGGCCUGUGUGUUCAACAAUGGUGGAGAGUGUUGGACAAAAUGUGUUGGACUAAAGAGUUAAUUUAUUUGUAUAAAACUUGGCUGGGCUAAAUCUCCCAUCUGUAAAAAAAAAAAAAAAAAAAAAAAAAAAGCUCCACA